GAUUUUAACGGACGGAGCGGAUUCUUCUCGGUUCUGAGUCAAAAAAAGUUUUACUAUAAUUAUUCUGCUCACGGAGUAAGUAUGAGUUCAGAGGCGUUGAACGAUGAGAAUCAGGGUACUCUGCCUGUAUGGAAACAACACUUCCUGUCUGAAUCGGCCGCUGACAUUUUUGCUUUGGAUCAGCCCACCGGCAGGCCCUCGAUCCUGAGACCAUCUCAAGCUGAAAACGUCAACAAAAACGUUGCAAAAGGAGUAAAGGUUUGUUUUCAGACUCCACUUAGAGAUCCAGUCACUAGGAAGAUCAUGUCCCCAAGUCGUGUUGGCAAAAUGCCCACUCUGGAUGACUGUACAUUUGCACUAGAGUCUCUCUCACUUGCUGAUUCUUCUAAAUCUCCCACCCCACAAAGUGUGUCCUCAGCUCCAGUCAAUGUCCCGAGUAAAAGUGAAUCUUCCUUUCCUGAUGAUGACAUGCCCAUUCAGAGUAAAGGAGGCUACUGUAUUGACUUUGACAAUCUAGACACCAUGAAUCCUUUCGAAAGCUCCAAUAAAAUGGUCCUUUCACCACUUAAGACUGCAGUUUUGGCAGAAAUUGCCCUGACAGUAACAGAACCAGAUUCAGUCACUAUUCCAGCAUUGUCUGGUGAAGAGGUGGAGAAAGUUUCAGAAAAUGUUUUUACUGCUCUGGAUGAGACUCUUCCAAUGACCCAAUCUGAAGAAAAUUCCCUGGCAGAUUUAUCUGCGGAUUCUACUUCAACUGAUAGCACUGUGAUUAUUGAACCAAGAAUAACUAACACCAUCAUUCAGAGCGGUGAUAUUACAGUCAAUUUGGCUGACCAUGAGACUGUUGCUCUGCUGGAGACCCCUGCGCCCGCCGCUCUGUUGGAGACCCCUGCGCCCGCCGCUCUGUUGGAGACCCCUGCGCCCGCCGCUCUGUUGGAGACCCCUGCGCCCGCCGCUCUGCUGGAGACCCCUGCGCCCGCCGCUCUGCUGGAGACCCCUGCGCCCGCCGCUCUGCUGGAGACCCCUGCGCCCGCCGCUCUGUUUGAGACCCCUGCGCCCGCCGCUCUGCUGGAGACCCCUGCGCCCGCCGCUCUGCCGGAGACCCCUGCGCCCGCCGCUCUGCCGGAGACCCCUGCGCCCGCCGCUCUGCCCGAGACCCCUGCGCCCGCCGCUCUGCCCGAGACCCCUGCGCCCGCCGCUCUGCCCGAGACCCCUGCGCCCGCCGCUCUGCCCGAGACGCCUGCGCCCGCCACUCUGCCCAAGACGCCUGCGCCUGCUGCAGUUCCUGAGCAUCUUGCUGAAAAUGUGCCAGAAACCACAGAUUCUCCUGUGCUCCCUAAAGGAUCAUACAACAUUAACUUUGAUCUAGACCUGAUCAACCCUUUUCAGACUGGUGGCUCAAAGAUUCAAAAUUCUCCUCCUUGUGUGAGAAAUGCACCAAUUGUCAAUUCCCCUCCUUCCAAAAUUCAGAUAUCCAUGGCGAAGAAGGACAACAGUGCAAUUCCCAAUAAGUCAGAAGCCAAUCUUGAGAAUCCUAGCCAUCCAGAAGUAAACACUGAAACGAUUGUUCCAUCAAUUUCUCCCCCUAAAGAAAAUCCCAUGGUACUAGAGUUUAACUUUGAUGAUGGAGCAAAGGUCAAGCGCAAACCUCCCCCCAAACGGCUCGGAUUAAAUAGGCCGCCAGUGGCCAAAGCAGCUACUAAAAAGCCCACAUCUGAUCCAGCUGAGAAGAGUAGUCCUGAAAUGAAACCUAAAACUCAUGAUGCAACUAUGGACAGUGCAGAGGUAAAAAUCCCAGCAGCACGAGGUGCUUACUCCAUUGACUUCAAUCAGUUUGACGAUCCCAACUUUAAUCCUUUUGGUAUGAAGGCAAAAAUACCUCACGUGGAGGGGCCACGUGAUGGCCGGAGUGGUUCAGUCCAAACUGAAACAUCUACACAGCCAAAACAGCCUGAUCACACUGCAGUGGAGAGCAACCCAGACAGUUCUCCUUCCUUUGAGGCUACAGAAGUGAAACCAUCUUUCACAAGGACACAACCAGCAGUAGAACCCAAACCUUUUACCGUUGCUCCCAACAAACCACUUUGGACUCAAAUCCAACAAAAUCUACCCUCAAUGAACACAACAAUUGAGCACUGCCAACCAAAUCCGAGCAUGGGGUUUGAUUCGACUGCAGCUGAUGAUGAGUUUGUACCUGGUUCCAUGUUCAUGCCGAGUGACUUGGAUGGACAGAUAGAUUAUCUAGAACAGUUUGGAUCCAGCACAUUUAAAGAAUCUGCUCUGCGUAAGCAGUCCCUUUAUCUGAAGUUCGACCCACUGCUAAAGGAAAGUCCUAAGAAAGCAGCAGCAGACAAUUUAAGUGUCGGUUUGAGUCUGCCUCGUCCCUCCCUCGCCAUCCGGAUGAUGGAGGCUGCUCGGUCUGAGGUGAGGCAGAAAUCUCAACAGGAAAGCCCAAAGCUGCUGGAGGAUUUCCCUUUACCGGCUGAAACUCCAGUGGUUCAGGACCCCACAGUGCUCGACUUGCUGGUUCCGACAUUAAAGCCUCCACAGAGAAUCGAGGAUGUCAUUGUGGACAUGCUAAAGUACACUCAGAAGGACCUGGAUGAUGCUCUAGAAAAAGCACACAAAAAGGCUGAGGAGAAGGAGGAUGACCUGAAUGCUCAAAUUGAGAAGUUACAUAUGGAUAACCAGCACAUGGUGCUGAUUGUGUCGGAGUUUGAGGCAGUUAUUGCUCAGAUCACUGCUGAGCACAAGCAGAAGGAGGAACUGGCCCAAGCUGAACUGAGUAAAGUCCUUCAGGAGAAGCAGCAGCUUGCUAAAGAUCUGAACGACAUGGAGCGAUCAUUUUCAGACGUUGUGAAGCGUCUGGACAGACGCAAGGAAGUGAUCGAUGGCUUCAAAAAGAAUGAAGAGACUUUGAAGCAGUGUGCUCAGAGCUACUUGGUGAGACUACAGAAGGAGGAGCAGCGAUACCAGAUGCUCAAAACUCAUGCCGAGGAGAAAAUAGAUCAGGCGAAUAAGGAGAUUGCAGAUGUGCGCUCCAAGCUGGGAGCUGAAGUUUCUGCUCUUCAGGUGCAACUCAGGAGAGAACAGCUUAAAGUGCAAUCACUGGAGAAGAACCUGGAGCAGAAGACAAAAGAGGUUGAGGACGUGACCAAGCUGUGUGAUGAACUUAUCCUCAAAGUCCAGAAGUGCUGAUCUUGUUCUUUAUUCAUGUUUGUGUUCGUCUUUUAUUCUUGUUUGUUACUGACUGAAUAAACUAAUUAAUUUUACUCUAUAGCUGUUCAUUCAGUGAAAAACACAUUUAAUAAAGAGAUCUUGCAUCUAAUUACCAUCUAAAUUACCGUCUAUAUGCAGAGCAUUGUAACACUGUGGUUGGAAGAGGUUUUUUGGUGUUAAAUGCUGUUCCUUGAUGUGCUGUGUAAAUAAAUGUAUUUCUGUCUACAA